AUGUCACGAGAAGAGCUGUUGGUCUUGCGAAAGACCCUGAAAGACCUGCUGGACAGAGGAUUCAUCCGAGCGAGUAGCCCAGCGGCUGCCGCGCCGGUGCUGUUCCGCGACCGAUACCCACUGCCCCUCAUCGCGGAGACCCUGCAGAAUCUGGCCAAGGCUAAGUGGUUCACCAAGUUGGACGUGGUGGCCGCUUUCCAUAAGAUCCGCAUGGCUCCGGGACAUGAGGGAAAGACUGCAUUUCGCACGAGGUUUGGGCUCUACGAGUGGCUCGUGUGCCCUUUCGGCCUGAGCGGCGCCCCGGCAUCAUUCCAACGAUACAUGAACAGUGUAUUGCGCGAAUGGCUGGACGACUUUGUCACAGCGUACCUGGAUGAUGUACUGAUCUACUCGAGCGGUUCGAAGGCGGAUCAUGAGGCUAAGGUGCGACGAGUUCUCCAAGCACUCGCCGACGCUGGGCUGCACCUAGACCCAGCGAAGUGCGAGUUUUCGGUACAAGAGGUCAAAUACCUUGGCUUUCUGGGCUUCGCCAACUAUUACCGGAUCUUCAUCCCCGACUAUGCCAAGAUCACGCAGUCUCUGGAUGCCCUGCUUAAGAAAGGAACUGCCUUUCAUUGGGGACGAGCGGAGAACGAGGCGUUUCAGGAGCUGAAGCGACGAUUUUGCGAGUCACCGGUGCUCAAGCAGUGGGACCCGAGCCUCCCGACCUUUUUGGAGACGGAUUGCUCAGGCUACGCAUUGGGAGGCGUCCUGUCGCAGGAAGGCCCAGAUGGACGUCGACACGCAUGCGCCUUCUUCUCGAAGCGACUUUCGCCAGCGGAGUACAACUAUCCCAUUCACGACAAGGAGAUGCUUGCCAUCAUGAGAUGUCUCGACAACUGGAAGAACUUAGGAGCUGCGGCCCAUUUACAAUCCUUACCGACCACCGCAACCUGGACCGAAUUGUCCCAGUUCGACUUCAAGUUCGAGUAUCGACCGGGCAGCGAGGCCGUCGUGCCCGAUGCGUUGUCCCGCCGCGAACAAGACAAGCCACAGGGCAUCGACGACGAGCGGGAACAAGGAAGAAUGAUACAGUUGAUACCGGACAAGACAUUUACCCUGCCGGAGAUGAAGGUCUUCGAGGAAGCAGACCUUCAGCAACUCUGGGACGAAACGGCGGAGAAGGACUCGAUAUUCCGGGCAGCCUAUAAGGCAGUCCGCGAUCGCGAGCGUGUCUUCCCGCCCUGGCUGGGCCUGAAGAUUCAGAUUUCAGAAUGCGCGAUCGACGCAGGCCAAAGGCUGACAUUCAGAAACCGCAUCUGGUCGCAUGAUUCUGUUGCGGCCGGCCAUCCCGGCCGGGAAGAUCGACCCCGAAGUCAUUUGUCCAUGGACUUCAUCACAGACCUACCGCCUACGGGACCGAGCAAGGCAAGGUACCUGUGGGUGAUUGUGGACAGACUGACAAAGGCUGUGACCCUCGAGUGUCAUUAUAGGUUCCACGGGAUGCCACGCUCAAUUGUCAGCGACCGCGGAAGCAACUGGUUGAGCCGAUUUUGGAAGAGAUUCUGCCAGCUCUCGGGUAUAUCGCAGCGGCUCAGCACCGCGUAUCAUCCGCAAACCGAUGGGGGACCGGAGAGGAUGAACCAGGAGAUUGAGGCCUACCUGAGAGCCUACGUGUCGUACGUGCAGGACGACUGGGGAGAAUUGCUCCCUGCCGCGCAGCUGGCACUCAACAAUCGCGAAUCCGCAGCGACCAAGAUCAGCCCCUUCUUCGCUGAGCAUGGUUACCACGUCGAUCCCAUCAGCGUCGAAGAAUCGGAAGAGCCACCAAGGGAUAGAGAGGAAAGCAGAGCUGAUGGCCUACUCAGUCGCCUGCAGGAGGUCAAUGAGUACAUGCAAGCAGUGAUGGCCGCCUCACAGCAACAACAAGAAGAGGCAGCCAACGCAAAGCGACAGCCUGCGGAGCGGUUUGAAGUUGGUGACAAGGUGUGGCUCUCGAUGGCAAACUACAGAUCACCACGACCGUGCAAGAAGCUCGACUGGCUGCAUCACAAGUACACAGUCACGAAGGUAAUUAGUUCGCACGUCGUUGAACUCGAUGUUCGUGGUUCAAUUUACCCGCGAUUCCAUGUUGACCUUUGCGGAGGGCGCAUCAAGAUCCGGCUCCUGGCCAAAGGUAGAUGA